GGAAAAGGAAAUGAAGUCUGAAUGUUUGCUGCUAACAACAAACGGGUAACUCUGUUAAAUGUAAUUAGGGAAUGCUUUUUGAGGGGGUAAACCAUAACGUGGCUUGCUAUUCGUUGUACACUAAUCUCUUCGGAGUGAAUGUUUAAGGACCCCGAAGCCUUGAGAACAGUUUACUUAAUAUGAAGAACCACAACAGUCCUGAUCCUGAAGAUUCUCCCAUACUGCAAGACGGUGUUGCCGAAACCGCAGACGACCCACUGGCUAUCACAGCCAUCCAGUCUGCUGCCGCAUUCUCCGCAGAUCCACAAAUUAAGUAUCAUCUUUUAAAAACGGAAGGAACAGGGGGCCAGGUGACAUACCGAGUGAUCCACUUGGCUGACGGGCAGGUAGAAGGGCAGGCGGAUGGGGCUGCAGCGGUCAGCGUGGUGACUGGGUUUCCCACAGUAACUCAGGCAGCCACACCGCCUGUAACACAGGCCGUAAUCUCUCAGUCUGAGAGUCUGGAGGGAGAGACGUCUGAGACUCAAUAUUACUAUCCUGCCACCCUCUCUGACACAGCUGCCAGCACCAUGGUCACCAAUCUCCACACAGCUGAUUCGGUACUAUCUCAGACAACCUCGGCAGGUCAGCUCUACGUAAUGAUGUCACCUCAGGAAGUUCUGGCCACAACACAGCAGAGUAAGUCGGGAACACAGCGUGGUUCCAGGGAUGACAAGCGGAGGGCUCAGCACAAUGAAGUGGAACGCAGACGGAGGGACAAGAUCAACAACUGGAUUGUCCAGCUUUCCAAAACAAUCCCUGACUGCAACAUAGAUGCAACCAAAAAUGGUCAAAGUAAGGGUGGGAUCUUGUCCAAAGCGUGUGACUAUAUCCAAGAGAUGCGUCAGAGCAAUGCACGGCUGGAGGAGGAACUCAAUACUGUGGAAAGACUGAGGAUGGACAAUCAGCUUCUCAAACAAGAGAUGGAGGAGUGGAAAUCAAAGAAUCAGAUGAUCAGAGCCCAGUUAAGACAGCAUGGCAUAGUGGCAGCAUCAAUGGACUCUCAGUGAAGAACUGCAGAUCAACUAUAACCUUCUCCUGCUGUGGUCUUGUCAUUAAUUCCAUUUAUCCAUGUUUGAAAUGACAUGUAAGUCGUUCUUACUGUGGACAGUCACACUCUUUUCUUUGUCUUCUUCACGGUCCACUUCGCAAAUAGCCUUUGAUUGUUUCAUAUUUUUUCCAGAGUGGUCUGUUAUUGUAACUGCACUGAAAUGAUGUAUAAUUGUCAGAUCUGUAUAUUUGUAGAUCUGUAUUUAAAGAACGAUUAUACUUUAAAUGACUACUAUGAUGGUGUUUCAAAUGUGUUUUUUUUUUUUUUUUUUUUUUCACAAUUUGGUCACCUUUAUUGCAUUUUUAAAGCAAAAUGUUAUUGUUUUAUGUCUAUUCGGUCAAAGGUUUUGUCGAAACAAUUUCUUACGCAAUGCCUUGACAAUCAACUUAAGCCAAAACACCAGCUUUAAACAUUCGGUCAUUUAUAUUGCAGUUCUGAUAUGUAAACAUCCCAGUAAAUUGUACAAAAUACACAAUGUCCUUACACAAUAUUGUUUGAUCAAAUCUUUAUUGAAUUUUGUGACAUUUCAAAUAUAAACACUGGUAGAUUUGUUCAGUCAUCAAUCACAAAUGCGCAGAUUUAGUCAAACUGGAUGAGACUUUAAAUACUGUAUAUCGCAAAUUAUAGUUACUAAUAAAGCAGUUGUUGUACUAAAUUGA